AUGACUUCAGUUUUAAGCAAUCUCACACAAGGUGAUAUAAAUUUGGUCUUAAGAUCAUGGAAACCAACUGUACCAGUUAUUGCUUCUGUUACAUUCAUUCAUGGUCUUGGUGAACAUUCUGGUCGUUAUGAGCAUGUAUUCUCCAAGUUUUCAGAGAACGGUAUUCAAGUGUUUGCCUUUGACCAACGUGGACACGGUAAGUCCGGUGGUGUUCGUGGACAUUCACCAUCGUUGGAUCAAUCACUCAAGGAUAUCGCCAAGGUUGCCGCCAGUGCUUCCGAGCAAAACCUGCCACAUUUCAUCUAUGGACAUAGCUUUGGUGGUUGUUUGGCUUUGCACUACACCAUGAACAAGCCAGACAGCACUCCACCAACCGGUUGCAUUGUCACCUCACCAUUGAUCAAGCCAGCCACCAAGGUAUCCUCAGUAAAGAUCUUCUUUGGUAACAUCUUUGGUUCGAUCAAACCAACUGCCACCGUUGAUAACGGUAUCAACGUGACACACAUCGCCAGAGACGAGGAGACUGUCACCGCUUACAAGAACGAUUCUUUGGUACACAACAAGAUCUCAUUGGGAAUGGGUCGUUGGAUGCUCCAAAAGGGUGAGCAACUUUUGGUUUUGGCACCAGAGUACACUUCACCACUUCUCUUGAUUCACGCUGCAGACGAUAAGAUCACUUGUCCAAAGGCAUCACAGACAUUCUUUGAUCGUAUUAAAUCCACUGAUAAGACCCUCAAACUCUGGGAGGACAUGUAUCACGAAGUACACAACGAGAAGGAUAAGGAUCAAGUUAUUCAAUACAUUAUCGAUUGGAUUAAAGAGCGUGUCGCUGCUCAAUCAGCUGCCUCUACCAACACAAUCAAUUUGCCAACAGCUGAUGUUUCAACUACAACCACUACUACAACCACCACCACAACAGCUUCCACUGAAGUACCAGCUGCAGCCCCAGCUCCAGUCGUCGAAGAGAAAAAGGCUGAAGAGCCAAAACCAAUUGAAGAAGCCAAGGUUGAGGAGGUCAAGCCAACUCAAGAGGUUAUUACUGUAGCUCCAGUUACCAUUGCAGUUUCAGUCCCAGAAGCAGUUAUUGAAUCAAAGACUGUUGAAGAGCAAGUCGUUGUUGUCCCUGUAGAGGAAGUCAAGUCUGUUGAGCCAGUCGUUGUUGUUGCACCAGUCGAAGAAGUUAAAGUUGAAGAGCCAGUUGUUGUUGCACCAGUCGAAGAAGUUAAAGUUGAGGAGCCAGUUGUUGUUGUUGCACCAGUUGAAGAAGUUAAGGUUGAAGAGCCAGUCGUUGUUGUUGCACCAGUCGAAGAAGUUAAGGCUGAAGAGCCAGUCGCUAUUGUUGCACCAGUCGAAGAAGUUAAAGUUGAAGAGCCAGUCGUUGUUGAGCCAGUAGCUGUUGCUGCACCAGUCGAAGAAGUCAAGGCUGAGGAACCAGUUGCUGUUGCACCAGUCGAAGAAGUUAAAGUUGAAGAGCCAGUCGCUGUUGUUGCAUCAGUCGAAGAAGUUAAAGUUGAGGAGCCAGCCGUUGUUGAGCCAGUAGCUGUUGCUGCACCAGUCGAAGAAGUCAAGGCUGAGGAACCAGUUGUUGUUGCACCAGUCGAAGAAGUCAAGAUUGAAGAGCCAGUUGCUGUUGCUCCAGUCGAAGAAGUCAAGGCUGAGGAACCAGUUGCUGUUGCACCAGUCGAAGAAGUCAAGGCUGAGGAACCAGUUGCUGCCCCAGUCGAAGAAGUUAAAGCUGAAGAGCCAGUUGCUGCCCCAGUCGAAGAAGUUAAAGCUGAGGAGCCAGUUGCUGUUGCUCCAGUCGAAGAAGUCAAGGCUGAGGAACCAGUCGCUGUUGCUGCACCAGUCGAGGAAGUAAAGACUGAAGAGCCAGUUGCUGUUGCUCCAGUUGAAGAAGUCAAGGCUGAGGAGCCAGUUGCUGCCCCAGUCGAAGACGUUAACGUUGAAGAGCCAGUUGCUGCACCAGUCGAAGAAGUUAAAGCUGAAGAGCCAGUUGCUGCCCCAGUCGAAGAAGUUAAGGUUGAAGAGCCAGUUGCUGCACCAGUCGAAGAAGUCAAGGCUGAAGAACCAGCAGCCACCGAAGAGACUGCCGAAGAUGACAAAGAAGAAGAGGAAGAAGAAACACCAGCUACAACCACCACCGAACAAAAACCACAACCACAACAACAACAAUCGAACAAACCCAAAAAGAACAACAAAAAGAAGGGUAAAAAGGGUAAAAACUAA